GUGGGCACCAGUGUGCUGUCUUUCACUUGCUUCUUGUCGAAUGUAACCGUGAAGUAGGCCGUGACUUUACCAAGCCAACUGCAAACAUUUAGUUCUGAGCAAUCGCAGAGUGCGCAUCUCCACGUUAGCCGCCCAUGAUUUGAAACUUAAUUUUUGGGAAUUUUUUUGAUGUGUGUUUUUCAAUUUUAUUCGGCAUUUUUUUAUUCGUGAUAAGAAUAAUUUACAAAGUGGUUUAGUGCGGUUUUUGUACUUUUGAAAUGGUUUUGCUCAUAAGGAAUACACACAUGGAUGACACGAUGCCUCAAAUGGUCCCUUCCGCCGGUUUCACGCCACCUUGUGACUACAGCAAUUUCGCGGAAAACUUUGAUCUUUCCUUGUUGCCAGGAAGCGAGUUUGUCACUCCACCCUUCUACUCGCAGAGUGUGAAUGUUGUGAAGCAAGAGCAACCGAAAAUAUACACGAGUUUUCACGGUGAUAAGGAUUUAGUGUUCGCUGAAGAACCUGGGAAGGUGCAAAAUAUCUAUUUGGAGGUUAGCUCUCCUGCCGGGUCCUUAUCGCCGUACUCCCCCCACAGCCAAGGUUUACUGUCGCCGAACGAUAAUUUUACUGCUUAUAGACAGUCCGAGAUAAAUUACUACCCGAGCUCGCCUGAGUUAUCCUUGUACACACCAUCGCCCAACUCCAUUUACUCCAGAUCUCCCUGUGGAGAUUACGGUGGCACGUCACCAUUACCGUCCUUCUCGCCGUUCCAGAUAAAGGAAGAAAAUUACUUGUCACCUUGCAACUUCUCCUCCCCCACCAGCCCGGUGGGGAAUUACACGGACCUAUCCUCUCCAGACUUAAAGCAGGAAAGCACAGAUGUCGUCUUGUUGGAAAACAAUGUCAUGGAAAAACAAAUAAAGCAGGAGAGUACCGUCGACUUCAGCAACAUCCUGCAGAGCUACAACGAAACAGACACGUUCCGGCAGCUUAUAGAAGAAGAUCUCAAGAAGCAGGAGCACCAGAUCGUCCCCGAAAAACCCAAAGACCAUCAGCUUCUUCGGGAAGUGCUCAAGGACACGAGCUUCCAGAAGAAAUACAACCUCAAACCGUUCGAUUUCGGUUUCAUCGGCGACGACAUCAAGAUGGAGGAUUCAGAUGAGUGCGAAGGCGAUUUGAUCAAGUGCAAGGAAAGGAUCGAGCCGGUUCUCAAUAUCGCGAUUGAACAGAUCAGGAAGGACGUAGAUAGGACUUGCGCGGCCCUUGGUAUUACACCAGAUCCAUGCAACUGGACUUCUGCUGAUGUUUUUUCGUGGAUAAAGUCGACUUCAAGGCAGUUUCAUCUGCCCGAACCAACACCAGAACAAUGGGACGUAACUGGAAGCACUUUGAUGAGUUUCUCCGAUGGAGAUUUCACCAGGAGAGCACCUCAAAGUGGUAGUAUUUUACAUGCCCAACUGGAAAUAUGGAAGGCAGCCUACUCCGAUGAUAAUAACCUAAAAUGGACACCAGAUGGAGUUUCAAGUAAUGCUUCCAGUGGAGAUAUAUCAGAUGAGGAAGAAGAGGAUUCCUCCCCUCCCAAAGCCGAUGCGUCCAAACCGACCACAUCGAGAGCGGGGGGUUCCCACAUCCACCUGUGGCAGUUCUUGAGGGAGCUUCUGGCGUCGCCUCAAGUGCACGGCUCGUGCAUAAGAUGGCUGGACCGCUCGAAAGGCAUCUUCAAGAUCGAGGACUCCGUCAAGGUGGCGCGCCUGUGGGGCAAGAGGAAGAACAGGCCGGCCAUGAACUACGACAAGCUGAGCAGGUCGAUUCGGCAGUACUACAAGAAGGGCAUCAUGAAGAAGACCGAGAGAUCGCAGAGGCUGGUCUAUCAGUUCUGCCACCCGUACAAUCUGUCACCGUAAGUGGCCGCAUUGCGGCUGGACUUGUACAUAUGGGGUUAUCGGCUGGGUUCUGGUGUUGGUUGUUCGGUUACGCGUUUUGAAGUUAUCAGAAUUGCGGUUAUUAUUUAUUACUUGCCCUUGGGGUAUUACCGGGGCAAGAUAUGCCAGUUAGGCAUUAAAUUGUGUCGAAGGAAGGUAAUUUCCGGAUUAAUUUAAGAAAUGUUUACCGUGAAGUAGAAGAAAGUCUUCCUGGCCGAAAUAUUUUCGUUACUUCUGACGAUCUGAGCUCACUUUGGUGCUCGAUUUGAAGCAACUCAAAGUAUUUCAAGUGAAGGUUGGUGGAUUUGUUUUUCGAAAAACGGUAAUUUUUGACCCAUAUAUCUAUGAUAUAUCAUGCUUGUAAGUUCUAUGAACAAAUUUGAUUAAAAAUGUAAUUAUAUUAAAUAAAGGGUUUGUUAAGUUAUAACAUUCGCUAAAUUAGAUUACCUAGGUGUUUUAUAAAUUUGUAUUAAGG